AUGGUUCUACUGCCCACACCCUCAACAUCCCACGUACCCUACGACCUCGUCUACGAACCAGCCGAGGACUCCUUCCUGUUCCUCGAUACGCUAUCAUCCCCCUCUGAGACAGCAUGGCUGCAUUCGCGUUUUCGUGGCCCUGUCUUCACCACCACCGGUAGAACCCCUCUCCUUCUCGAAAUCGGCCCCGGCUCCGGCGUCAUCGUCGCCUUCCUCACUGCAAACGCCAUCCGAAUCUUCGGCACCGAGGUCCUCAGCCUCAGCGUAGAUGUGAACCCUCAUGCCGCUCUCGCCACGCGGACGACGGUGGGGAGAGCGGUGGCGGAACAGAGACGUCAGGGAGCUCCCGAUCCAAACUCGAACUCGAACGUCACUCCCAGUACGAGCAACAGUGCAAGCAAGAGCGCAAGUGCAAGCGCAAGUGCGAGUGCGAGUGCAGAUCCGUACUUAGCAUCCCUUCUCGGCGAUCUCACGGCCCCGCUGCGCCCAGGAGAAGUGGACGUCCUGGUAUUCAACCCGCCCUAUGUGCCUACCGAGUCUGUACCCGUGUCUGUGUCUGCGUCUAUGUCUGUGUCUGGACCUCGUUCCACAGCAGAAGCAAAAGCAGCAACAGCAGCAACGACGACGUCUCCCUCGUUCGAAGAAUCCUCAAAGCUCCUCGAACUAUCGUACGCGGGUGGGCUUGACGGCAUGGAGGUUACGAAUCGGCUGUUGGCGCAGAUCCCACGCGUGUUGAGUCCUCGUGGUGUCGCGUACGUGUUGUUGUGUCGGGGCAAUAGGCCCGAGGAGGUCAAGCGGCGGAUUGAGGCCUGGGAGGGCGGCGGUGGCGGUCACGGGGAACACGGGAGGUACAAGACGAAGUGGAAGUGGCGGGCCCAGACGGUGGGUUCGAGCGGGAAGACGGCUGGGUGGGAGAAGUUGGAGAUUGUGCGGAUCUGGAGGGUGUGGGAGGGCGAGGGCAAGGGGGAGGGCGACGAAGCAUGA